AUGAAGUCCUCCACGUUGGGUUCCAUUAUUGCACCGAAAAUAUCUCAGAAUGCACAGAAGUUCCCGACUAGUGGCUUCGACAUUAUCCAGUCUGAUCAAAAGGUGGAAGAGGAAGAGUUACCUGACUACAAAGCACACCGAUUCUAUCCCGUUCGACUGGGUGAAAUAUUCCAGAACCGCUAUCAAACAGUGGCAAAACUGGGCUUUGGCUCCUCAUCAACUAUAUGGCUGUCCCGCGAUUUGAUAAACGGCCAAUAUGUCGCAUUGAAAGUCUAUGUGCAUACUUCUUCGGUUCACCGCGAACUCCCAUUCUAUGAUCACGCGAAGCAACAGCUACAAACAAGCUCACACCAGGGACGAUACAACAUUCGCAAGUUAUUAGAUUCCUUCACUGUUUCCAGUCAAGAUGGGACACAUAUAGUCCUUAUCUUCGAGGCCACACAGAUGAGUCUGCGUGACAUGGAGGUAGUGUUCCAACAGGGUGGAUUCGAUGAGAAUCUCGUGAAAGCUGCCAUUACCGAGCUUUUACAGGCGGUGGACUUUCUCCAUACGCAAGGACAGGUUGUUCACACUGAUAUACAUCCUGGAAAUCUUCUCCUCGGAGCCUAUGACAACCAAUCGCUGAGUGCACUGGAACACGAAGAACUUGUGUCACCAGUACCUCGCAAGCCGGUCUCUCCCACUCGGACUAUCUAUCUAUCACGCCUUAUGCGUCCUCAAGUAGGUCCAAUGUUGUUGUCUGACUUUGGUGAGACACGGAUUGGCCCAGGGCCCCACGGCGGUGAUAUCAUGCCCAUGGAGUAUCGGGCGCCUGAGACAUUGCUCUACAUAGGUUGGAGUUACCCUGUCGAUAUCUGGAGUGUAGGUCUUACGGCCUGGGAUCUUCUCGAGCCGAGAAAUCUUUUCACAGCACGAGAUGAAGAUGGUGAAUUGUAUGAUGCUGCACAUCUAGCACAAAUUAUCGCUGCACUAGGACCGCCUCCCCCCGAAUUUUUAAGAAGGAACCAGAAAAGGAGAAGCGACUUUUGGGACUCUGAUGGAAAGUGGCUGGGCCUUGCGCCUAUACCGCAUGACCGGACAAUGGAACGGUUAGAUUCUCGACUCAGUGAUAAGUCUGGCUUCCUACGGUUCAUGCGAAAGACCCUUACUUGGUUGCCCGAGGAAAGAGCAACAGCAAAGGAGCUUUUACAGGAUCCUUGGCUGAGAGGCUGA